UGGGUUAUGGAGUCUUAUAUUGCGCUAUUUCAGGUCCCCUAUUAUCUUGCGGAGCUAACAGAAAAAGUUGCAGAUGGUGACAGGAUAAAAGUACUCAAAGCUUCACAAGCUAAGCUAAAGGAAUUCAUUUCAUUCUGUGAGACAAUGGAACUUGUUCCUGAAGAGGAGAUGGAAACAUUUACACAAGGUGGAGCUAAUUCUUCUGUAGAUCGUAGAGCUAAGAAGAUUGCUCGUUUCAAACGGCAAAGAGCUGCUGAGUCGAAACUACUUGAAAUUAAGGAGCGGAAAGAGCGUCGUGGACGAUCAACUAAAGCAGCUGCAUUGUCAAGUCCUGUUGAGACUGAAGAAGAUGAUGUGCUGGAUGACGAUGGAGAAGAAGAAAGGGAGGCAUGGCUUACAACUAUCUCCUUGGGCCUCUGUAAGGCCUUUGAUCUGCUUGAAAUGCUGAAGAAAGAGGAAGAAAUACUGUCUGCUGUCAAGGAGAAGCAGCUUCAGGAUGGGGAGAAAGAAUUCUCUCAAUCAAUACUCGAUGAACGCACCAAAAAAGUAGAAACUUGGCAUCGUGAUGCUGCCGCUCGAGCACACUAUACAAAACCUGCAGCACCUAUCACCUGUGCCACUUUUGCACAAGAUGUCAUAGAAGGGAGGGCCAAGGUUUCGCAGGCACAUGAACAUAAACACCAACCUUUAAUUUUUGGACCUGCAAGUCUUGUUGGUAGGAACCCAACAACUGAACGGGAAAAAAUAGCUGCCCAGGUCUUUCAGCCUCAUUAUAGAAUGCCAACCAUGAGCAUUGAAGAAGCUGGAUUAACGGAGAUGAAUAUGAUGAACGAAUGGCAAGAAAGGAAUGUUAAGCUCAUGGAAGAAGCAAAUUCCUCAUGGUACAAGGACGCCCCCAAGUCCAGGCCAGGUGAAGAUGAUGAAGAAGAUGAUGAUGACGCCGCCCAAGACAAGGCAAGAGCAUGGGAUGACUGGAAAGAUGACAACCCUCGUGGUGCUGGCAACAAGAAGCUAACUCCUUGUGGUUAAGGAAGCAAUUGCUGCAGAGUCUUAAGAGUUUACACUUUACAACAAUAACCUUUUUGAAGUAGCCACCUAAAUUAAAACUCAUUAUCAAUGCUACACCAGUUUGUCACUCAGUUGAAAACUAUUUUAUUAUUGUUUUAUUUCUGCUUCAUUUUUGUGUAAUGUCUAAGUAGAUGAUGCAUGGGAAAGUGGUGGUUAUUGAAAGUUGAUAAUGUUAAUUUUUCUAGUAGGUGUUGAUUGGAUUUGGUGUAACAACUGUAUCUUGAGAAUAUGGUAGAGGAUAAUUAAUUUCAGUACUUUAUUUUGUUCCAAUAAAUGUACGAGCUAAUAUUUUAAUGAA